GCUGUGCUCAAACAAAACCUUCCCGUUGUUGAACUGCUGCUUGAAGCCGGCGCCGACCCAAGGCUUCCUUCAAGGAAUGGGUCCUCGCCGAUUGACUCUUUGGAGGCCUGGUUUAAGCAAUAUGAGAUCCAUGGGAACACAUGGGCAGCAGAGGAUUUGGAGUUGAGACCGUUUUUUGAAAAGGCAUUGGAGGCCAUGAAGAAGGCGAGAGAUGAGCUCGAUGGUGAGUUUUGCACUGAUGCCCUGUUGUGGGCUCAUUAUUUGUUCGCUAACUCAAGGUGCAACUAG